AUGGAGGCGGAACAGAAACCAACAAAGGAUGUCACCACUGGUCGCACCGACGGAAGCGCAUCCACUGAAGAAAGCGCAACAGCGUCUGUAGCCGGCUCAGCUGAGCGAAACACGAGUGCAUCACGCGCUGCAACUUGUUGUGGAGCGGACGCUUUACCCAGUAGCCGGGCUGUCCUAGCACGGAACGUCUCCGAGAGUCCUGACCAGUCGGCGGAAACCUUGGUUGCUCGUCUCGCCGCUACCAAAGCCGAGCUCGAACGAACGCGAUCAGAGUAUGCGGCAUACAGAGAAAGCGUUCAGCGAACGUUGGCGCUCAUCCUACCAGAAAAGCCCUUUGUGAUUGCGUUUGAGGCCCUUCGUCGAGGCUACACCACGGUCAGGGACACCCAGAUCGUCCGUGAUAUGUGCCAACGAGUGAAUGGACCUCAAUGGGAUGCCAUUUUCGAAUCGUUCUACCAAGCUGUGCUGUAUUACCGCGAGUUACGACCGUCUUCACUUGUCCAACGCGAUGCCGACCUGCCGCAGGACUGGUUUCGCGAGCCUUGGUACUGCCUCUACCCACAGUUCAUGGGCACGGAGCAGGAUGAUGUCCUAGCCAAAGUGCACAGCUUUCGUGACCUGAUCGAUCUUUUACCUUACUGGGAGGCACUCGGGAUACGGAAUUUGUCGCUGCUUCCUCAUUACGACAGCGACUGGGCUGACGGGGGUUACGACGUUCGUGCGUAUCGGCCUCAUCCGGCGCUUGGUGGUCUCGAGGCGUUCCAGGAGUUCGUCUCGGCGGCAACGCAACGCGGGUUUCGCCUCAUGACGGAGGCUAUAUUCAGUCAUACGGCAACCGAUCACGAGUGGUUUCAACGCGCACUUCGCGGCGAGUCGCGAUACCUUCGCUACUAUCUCCGGCGCGAUGGAAGGGAGAAAAUUGGGGAAUACGAGCGCAACGGGGAAGUCAUCUGUCGGUAUCGAGACCCUGACGGCACCAUCACCGAACGCAUAUGUUUGUUCCCUGAUAUUGACCGUACGCAUGGACUUUGGGUGCAGGUUAAGAGACAAAACGGGUCCGUUGCGUCGGAGAAGAACGAAACCAGCACGGAGACGGUUCAGUUCUAUCGCACUUUUCUUCCAUUUCAGGUCGAUCUGAAUCUCCAAAAUCCAGAUGUUUUGCAGGAAUUUUUCCACCUCCUCGGUGAAGAGUUACAGUUGGGAAUUCUCGGCAAGCGUAUAGACGCAGUGGCGCACUGGGUCAAGCGUCCCGGAACCCCCGGCGAUGGACUCCCUGAAACCCACACUCUUCUGGCGCUCUUCAAGUCAUUCAUUCAUCACCUGUGUCCACGCGCAGUGCUGAUGCCCGAGGCCGUACGACCCAACCAUAUCGCCAGCCAAUACGCUGGUAUCGGAACGGAGCUUUGCGGAAAUACGCGCAGCUCUGAGGGCGAUCUUGUCCUCUGCUUUGAGCUGCAGGCAGCGCUUCGUGAGAUGCUCUGGUUCCGUCGAACGGCGCCCUGGUGGCGUGUUGUACUGCAACUUCCCAAACUACCGGCAGGCGCGGAUUGGUGCGUUCCGUUUGCGCACCACGACGAUAUUUAUCUGGGGUUCUUUGAGCCAUCGGUGCGUGCUGACGCAGUCCAGUGGAUACGCACAUGUGGCGGGCUCGUCUACCGUGGCGGCAUCUCGGCGGCGUGUAGUGAGUACGACCUGCUGGCGAGGGAUCCGCGGCGCCUGGGCCUGGCGUUUUUCAUCUUGCUCGUGGGUGUCGGCACGCCGUUCCUCUACCAGGGUCUGGAGCUUGGAAUGAGUAGUUCCUUUGAUUAUGCGCGGUUGCAGAUGCAAAGACGCUACGAGCGACUGAAGAAAUGCGGCGUGCUGGUAGCAGAGGGCGCCUGUAUGGAUCCUCGCGACCUUCAUCGUGGUCCGAUCCCGCGGGCUCUUCUCUGGGAAGCUCUGGAGCAGAGCGAGGCCCAGGGCUAUCAAGUACCGACCAGGCUGGGGUUCGGUGUGGCGAUUCUUCGACAACUGAAUGCGCUGCGCUCGGCGCGGCCCAGUUUGCGUUCGGGAAGCAUUCAACCGAUUGAUACCGGUCGUGCGGAGAUUAUCGCGUUUAUUCGGCAUCAUGGCUCACGGGACGGUCCAUUGUUGUGUGCAGCGAAUCUUAGUGAUAGCGAGGUCGAGAUGGUUACACCGUCGUGGCAGCUAGGGGCUUAUUUAGGGACCAACACCGCAACCGACUUGGUCUGCAGCGAUCUCCUGCGAGAUGCUGGCACUUUUGCGGUUCCAGACGGUGAGCGGGAAGCGUCGGGCGCCCAGAAGAGGUUGCGUUUACAGGGCACCGGUUACGUGCUUCGUCUUGAGCCGCUUGCGAUGCAGAUUCUAGAGCCGAGCAAGCCCACGCGUCAGAAGUAG